GCAGGCAAUAACACUAGCCCUGAGACCACGUGGAUUUUGUUUUGCGCGCGAAUACAUAUGACACAGACGUAGAAUGAUGAGUUCUGCGCAUGAAUUGUGAGUCGGUGUUAGCAUGAAACGGCGGUGAAAUUUGUUGGAUUUUAAACUGGUUUAAUGUUCAGUUGAGGAGUUCGUCAUUUUACUGAGGUAUACAGAUGGGUAUGAAGUAUGUCCGAACCACGACGGAUAGCCUUUCAAACUGAUGAAAAUUUUACGAAGGAGAAAACAAAAGAAUUGCUACCAACCAUACGAUUUUGCCUAUCGCUUGGUGAGACCACCGACAAAUCAUGCCCGGAAUACAACUAUACAGACUUGGUGAAAUCAGCUCGGCCAGAGAAUCGAGAAACUAAUAUGGUGGGUGAUCCGUAUGAAGAAGAUGAAGAUAAAUUGAUGGAAAUUGCUAGAAAGUUUGAAGAGAAAUAUGGUCCUAAAGUUGGAAGAAAAAAGGAGAACUUUGGAAAGUGGGAAGAUUAUGUAGAUAGAGGCAUGGGGUAUGAUGAAACUGAUCCUUUCAUAGACAACGAUCAAGCAUACGAUGAGCUUGUUCCAUCAACCUUGACAACACAGUAUGGAGGAUUUUACAUUAAUACUGGGAACUUGGACUUCAAAGUGGUUACGGAUUCUGACUCUGAAGGCAAUCAGAGUGAACAUAAAGUUAACAAAAGAAGGAGAAAACGGCAUAAAGAUACAAUAACGAAAGAUAACAAGAAGCGAGCUAAAUUAAUAAAAGACAGUGGAGAUGGUUCACUGAAAAAAGCAAAGAAACAUUUGAGUGCCUUAGAAAAACAGAAACGAAAGAGUCAGCCUACAGUUGCUGAAUUGAUACAGCAGUAUAAAUCACAAAAUGUACAACAGGAAUGUCAAGAAGUCAAUGAGGAAUCUCCUGUUGCUGUAUCACUUAACAUGGAUGUUGCUCUUGAUGCUGAAGAGAAUGUCAAGAUUGAAGAUGCAAUUGAAUCUGUGAUAAAGGCUGCAAGAGAGGAAGAUGCCAGUAGUGGGAAGGUGAUUUCUACCACAGCUAGUAGUGAUAGUGAGGAAUUGAGACAAGCUUUAGAUUCCAUUGAUGCACCUAAGUUGCCUGAAAAUCUUCCUUCUGAUCUGGAUGAGUUAUUAACUAAUAUCAAACAGGCUGCAUAUUUGUCUGGAGAAGGAAAAUGCAAAUUUUUCUCUGGAGAUGUAAACAUUAUGCUUCUAAACAUAGAGCUGAAGUCCAGAAAACUAACAUCUAGUCAACGUUCUAUGAUAUAUGCUCACCUGGCUUCUCAUCUUCCUUGUACCAAAGAAACCCUUCAAAAACGUGCCAAAAAACUGGUCAUAGGCCAAGAAGAUGGAAAACUCAGAAUUCCAAUGCAGCAACUAAAGGAUGCAAUCAGUGAGGUAAUGCCUCAGAUGGAAGCAAAAUAUGCAAUCCACUGCCAACAAUUAGGUGUAGCAGAGAAUGAUGAAAAGGAAACUGAUUCUUUAUCAGACACUGACAGUGAAAAAUACCAGAGUCUUGAUGAAGAAGAAAAGAAAACAAGCCCUUUACCAAGGAAAAAAUUUGAGUGGAAUGACCAUAUAAGGGAGCUGCUCUGUGAUGCUGUAAGAAUAAAACUUAAAUGUUAUGAAGUAUCUAAAAUGAGAACCCAGUCAGCUGAAGAUUACUUAAGAUUGUUUUUAAAAAUGGAAGUUAAGAGACUGUGGCCUCCUGGGUGGAUGCAAACACGGAUUCUGUUCAAGGAGAGCAGCAGUGUUCACUCUUAUCUCACAAGUAGAUCAAGGAAGUUAAUUGCUUGUAAGAAAUUUCCAACACCAGAAAGUGUCGGUGUGUUGCCUUCAAGUACUGGAAAGCUAGCAUUUCAUUGUGGAAGUGAUCUUGGUCUGCAAGAAGUUGUGUAUUUAGGUCCAUUUCAUACUGGAAUUGGGACAGUCAAUUCUGAAGUUUUGUGCUCAUCAGCAGGUGACAACAAAGUGGGAUUAGAAUCUGAGAAAAGUGUAGCUAACCCUGUAGCUUUGUCUGAAAACUUAAUAAACCCAAGAACCUCAUCAGCAAUUUCCUCUUCUCAUCACCAACCACUUGUGUCUACUUGUGAAAAGCCAGUACUAGCUACCUCCGAGCGUUCUACAUCCAGUGCUUUUGAUGUAAGAAGUACCAGUUCUUUGCCUUGUAAGCAGCAACUUAUGGCUAGCCAACUGUUGGUAGAAGCUACAAAUAUUAAGUCACUCCCUGAUAUUGAAACUAAGACAACCAUUUCUUGUACAAGUACAAAAAUUCCAAAGACACAGAGUAAUGUGAAUGUUUAUCAAAUGGCCCAGAAAGCUUUGUUAAAUGAUAAUGUAACAUUAGGUAAAGAUAUUACUGUUCAGCUUCUUCCUUUAGACACUCCAUCCACAAAGGUUACUAAUAGUGGUCAAAAGAGGAAACCAGAUAUUAAUAAACCCCAGGUUAUUUCUGGUAGUGAGUUUCACACUGUUCCAUCUAAUAAUGAAUCUCUUUCUUCUCCCAAGAAGGAACAAUCAACAUCCUUCCAAACAAAUGUUAUAAAGUUUACUGAUGCAGCAACAAAAGUUUUACAGAAAAGCACAUCUCAAAAUUCAAUGGCUUCAGACAUCCUAAGCCAUAUUAUCUGUGCUAGACUUGCCGAUUUUCCUAAUACCAACACAGCUUCAACUAAUAUCAGACAGUUAACUCAAAUGGUAGACAAUGUACAGGUUCCUAAUCCACCAGUAGUUUCACAUCCUUCAUCAGCACAACUUGGGCAUAAUUUAAUUUUAAAGCAAUCUGGGCAAUCAUGUUCUGAAAUUCCCCAGUCUUUGUCUAUGCAAAGUAGUGGUUUGACUGGCAAUACUAAUAAUGUUAGCUUACUGAAAUCUUCUGUGAAAACUUUUUUACCUCAGCUGGAUGCCAUGUCCACUGAAAUGAAGAACAAGUUGCAAAUUGUAUCAGUUUCUCAAAAGCAGUUUCGAAAAGAACAUGGAUCUGUCAACAGACAACAAGAAAUUAAUGCCUCUAAAGAUGUAAAACAACCUGAGGCUCCAGAUGUUGGUUGUAUGAGCUCUUUGAUUAACCAGCUUACUGGAAUUGAAAAAGAGGAAAGUGAAAGGUUGGCAAUGUCAAACCAAGCAUUUGGGUUUUUAGAAGUUUUCAAAAAGUCUUUGGAAAGUGGUAGUGUCAGUAAACAUAUUCCAACUACUAUACAACCAAGUGCCAGUUCUGGAUCGUCAGUACAUUUUAAUACUCGAAAACAAGCAUGCAACUGGCCUACAAGACCAGUGAGCUCUACCCCUAAAAGUACAAGUAAGACUGAUGCUUCCUCACAAAAAAGUGUCAAUAUUUGUACUAAUCAGUCAUCAUUUGUACUACCACAAUUGUCUUCACAGAACAUUAUGGCAAAACUGAUUGAUAAUACUAUAGUAGAAAGUUUAAAAACUGAUAAAAAGCCAGUGUUCACAUCAGGAAUUACUUCAGGUACUUAUGAAAAAGUUCACAAUCUUGGUUCUAAAAAGCCACCCACAACGGAGUUUAUUUUUGAGGGAAUGAAAGGUUUUCCUAUUCCUUUACCAUCUGUGAGUACAACUACGUUACUUCAGCCUGCUACACAAACAAGCUCUGUGUUGUCUAAAGGUUGUGUUGCAUUGUCAGAACCAGUUAUUAAAGAACACAGGAAACCUGAUUUUGCAACAAAGAGAUCUGUGAAAAGAGGCAAUAUAUCAUCUAAUCAGCAAGAUGUUUCGCAACAGCUUGUAGCAGACCAAGCAAGACCAGCAGUUCCUCAGACAGGAAGAUCCAGUAACAGGAAUAAUAUGAAUUUCAAACUUCAUGGACAGAAAGAAACAGUUACAGUAGCUGGAGGUCAUCAAGGUCACUAUCAAACUUUAUCUUCCUCCGUAAACAGUAAUCCUGUGAGUUACCAGACAGUAAUUGUAACAACCUCUGUUGACCUGCAACAUCAAACUGAACCCUUGACCAUUGGUCUCCCUUCACAGAAUUCUGACUUGUUCACAGUACAUGUUACUAGUCACUUGAAUACGCAUUGUAAUACUGAAGAACAAGCAACCUCAGUAAGUGGACCUGGAAAUGAGCAACAACAGAUUAUUUCUGGAAGUUCAGCAGUGGUAUCAGAUGUUAGUGUAAUGAAGCCUCAAACCAGUAAUAUAGCUAGCCCUCAAGUUACUACUCAGUAAGAUGACUAUCUCCAUCAAGUUCUGUUAUGUAAAUACAAACAUGUAACAUAGAUGUAUUAAAGAAAAAUGAUGUGAUUCAGUAUUCAAGUUAGAUAAUGUUUGGGAACCUCAGACAUUAUGGUGUUUCUAAUAACAGUUCCAUGUACAGGCAAUAUGAGUGAAGUAAGUUUUUUUUUCUACUCACUAAACAGCAGUUUUUGUUUGUUUUUUUAAUUUCAGAUGCUUAUUGCAUAUUUCUAGUAAAGAAACACCCAAGUUGUAGCUGCGAAUAUUUAUUUUUUACAAAAUAUUGUACAUACUUGUAGCUUUGAUAAUUAAAAAAUGAAUUGAAUGUGUAAAAAUGUAAGGGUAUGGUUAAUACUAAAGUUUCAUCUUAAUAUGUAAUUUAAAUGUAGAGAUCAAAGAACAUGUCAGAGAAAAUUCUGAAAUCAAAUAUAUAUAUAUACACACACAUACACAUACAUUUUGAAAGCUGUGAUUGGUUUUGGAAGAAAUCGUUAGAGCAUUUUUUAAUUAAUACUUUAAAAUUUGAUAAAAUUAGCUAUUUAGAGGGAACAUAAAAAAAAAAGAUAUAAAAAGUAAAAGGACAUCUUGGAAUAUUAGUAUUCUGACUAGUGCACUUGAUUUAUUGUAAUCUGAUAUGCAAAGUGUAUAUGUAUAUUUUAAUGUAUAAAAGUAAGGACACAAGUGUUACACACUUAUACAUAUCAGUACCAACUGAAAUAUGAAUAAUAAAUUAGUCUUCUUAAAGUAUCAAUAAGAAAGCUGUUUUCUCUUGUAGUUCUUUACCUUUUAUUGUGUUAGGAUAAUGCACAAACAAGAAACAAAAUAUGCUGCAGUUACUUGAAUAACAUUUGGUGCUGGUAGUAAUAAAAAAAGUUUAAAAGAUAUCUGCAAAAGUAGAAGUUUCUAGCAUUUAUCAGAUACUUUAAAACAUUUAGGUGCAGAUCUGUUUACCAGUUCACUUUUAUAAAAGUGGCUAAAUUUGGUUUGAUAUGUGUUCCAAGUCAUAACUGCCAGUCAUUCAUGCUCAGUAGCAAGCGUGACAUCAACUCUAACAUUAUGAGACAUCAGAAAAAUUAGGAUUAUAUUUUUUAGUUUUUUUUUUAUGUACUUAGGAACAGAGCAAUGUUUAAUGUGUCAAAUUAAUCGAAACUUUUUCACUUACAAAUUAAAUGGAACCUUAUAGUUUACGCUAAAUCUUGCAAAUAAUUCAUUAGAAUAACUGGUUAAGUUUAGUAAAGAAAACAUUGGUUUUAGAAAUAUUUGUUGCAUUUUGCUAACUAUAUUUUAUUAACUUGUUUUGUGUAAUGCUAUCAGUAUCAACUAAUUUAAUAAAAUUAGAUGUACCUUUUGAGAUGAAAAUGAAGAAGUGAUUUAUAAAUGUUACUUACAUUGCUUGCAUUGAUUUAAUCUAUUUGAAAAGCAUAGGAUAAAUUUUUAUAUAAAUCGAAAAGUUCAGUAAUUAAUUGUUAGCUGCCCUAUUAUCAGUAGGUUUAUAUGUAUAGUCAAAGAUGAAGAAAACAAGAAAAAAAAAGCUUGAAGGUGUACUGUGCUCUGAACUUUUCUUCAGGGUUAUCAUUAAAUACAUGGUCCUUCUGUAAUACACAGUAACAUCUGGACAUUGUUUUGUAGUAAGGAGGAUAUUUGAAUCAUUUAUAUUGUGGUUUAUUUAGUUUAUGAUAUUUGUACCUUGUUUCAUUGUCAGUUGGUACUGAAAUGUGCAUGUGAAUUGUAACUUAGUGCAUGUUCUUUCUUCAUUUCUGAAAGGAAGUUUUGGUAAAGUGUUUAAUGUUGAAGAACUUCCAAGCCAUGGUGUAUAUAUACAUACACACACAUUAAGGUUUUGAUAAGCCUUAUCUCCUCUGUAUUCACUAAUGACACAUAGUCCA